AUGUUGGUUGCAGGUUUGGUCUUACCAAUGGACUAUAAAAAUGUACCCGAGAACAUCAAGGUCAAUGUUCCAAGCUCAAAUGCCUCUCCGCCACCCUCCACAUCUGGCGCUAACUCCUUAGGACAACAGACUGGGGCAACUUUGGGGAGACCUGCAGCAGCCAACGCUGCACGAGAGCGUAGCCGAGUGCAGACCCUACGACAUGCCUUCUUGGAGUUACAGAGAACUCUGCCCUCUGUGCCACCUGACACUAAGCUCUCCAAGUUGGAUGUAUUGCUUCUAGCCACCACCUACAUUGCCCAUCUCACCCGCAGCUUGCAGGAUGAAGAAGAAUUGCCUGGCAAGAGCUUGGGAACCCUGAGGGGGGAUGGCUACCUACACCCUGUUAAGGUAAGCAAGGCAAAAGAAGUAAUAUUUUUUCCUAGAAGGUCCAAUCGUAGUAUUGUUUGAAAACCUUUCCAUUGUGCAGAAAUCUUCAGGCAAAACGGCAUACUAAUAUACAAGUACACUAGUCUAUACAAGAAAGCUUUAGCAUUACAGAAUCAGCAGAA